AUGAUGAGCCCUUACUCGCUGCCCUACCUCCUCUUCCCGCCGCUGGGUGCCUGGCUGGACACAGAAGAGCCCGUGGACGCCGUGGGUGGCAUCGGAGGCGAAACGAGCUGGGCCGACCUGGCGGGGGGAGGGGGGGAACGCCACUUCCCCUGGGGCUCCCCUGGGUGGCCGAGAGCGCCACACCCACACGCCCUGCUCGUCACGGCCCAGGAGCCGCCCGACGUUGGGCGGGCGUGUGCCGGCUUCACGCUGAGACCCGGGAGGCAGCAGGACGAUGGCAGUGAGGCCACCGGCUUCCUUCUGGGUGACGGCGAGAAAGCUGGUGGCCUGUUAGGGACCCUGGCAGAGGAGCUCAACGGCUACAGCAGGGAGAAAGGCGGCUUCAGCUUCUGCUUCGGCCAGGGGUGA